AUGGAUUUCAAACUUACAUCAGUGACAAAAAGCUUGCAGGGAAUUAAGCAUCAUAUUUUGAAGUUCCAUUCUGCACGUACUAUUGAUCCUUUGGAAGAUUUUACGCCUCCAGUUCUUUUACAUAGAAAAGAUCUGAUGGCAGGACCAGAAACACAAGAUUCUUUAUCAGAAACAGGAUCAAAAAAUGCUAGCCAAGAAGCAGCAGGGAACAGUGCAGGACAAAACAUGAAGUUAAAUGCUUUUAAGAGAAAGACACGACAAGUUUAUGCAAUAAACGAAGCAGAAUGGAAAUUAAAGCAAGAAGAACGUAUUCCAUGGGUUUUGGAAGACUUUGACGGUCGGAAUACAUGGAUUGGAACAAUGGAAGGGGGGCAAUCCCACAACUAUGUUUUUUUUGUAUUUGCUGAAAAUGGAUUUAAAGUUGUACCAGCGAGUAAAUGUUAUCGAUUUAACCAAAAAAACCGGUACCAGACACUCUCAAUUGAUGAAGCAGAAGCAAAAAUGAAUAAGCGUGUUCAUAUUCCUCGAUGGUUUAUGAAAAAAGAAGCAAAAGAGAAUAAUACAGACGGAUGUAAUUCAGUGCCUUUAUAUCGUUUAAAAACAGUAACAUCUCAAGGAAAAUAUGAGCUAAAUGGCGAUCAUGAUGGCGAUGAAGAAUUAGACUUUAAUGAAGAAUUUGCAGAUGACGAAGAAACACCUUUCAUUGAAGGAAAUGAAGAAGAUAACAAAGAAUUAGAGGAGAGAAUUAAACGAGAAAUACGAUCUGCUAGUUCUUUAGGGGAUGUGGAUAAAUUUGUGAACGAGAAUAUUUAUAGUGAGAAAAGACGAAUGAAUAAAGAAGGGAGAAAAAUAAGAAAAUAUUUAACUUCUCAUGAAAAAAAUCAUAUAUAUGAAACCGAUGAGGACGAUAAUCCAUAUGCAUCAGAAGAAGAUAUUGACUCGGAUAUAUCUAAUUUCCAAAGAGAAGAUGAAAUAAAACAAGAAAAAAUAAUGAAAGACAAAAAAAAACAGCCACAAAACACUCCAUUACAAGGAGAUUCAAAUAUUAACAAAGAUAUGUCACCUCUUUCUAAAGCGUUAUCUACGGAAGUGUCAAAUAAUUUAUCAGCUGAUUUCACAAAGCAUUUAGCGUUAUCUAAUACUCUAAAAACACAAAAACAGGACUAUCUUCGCUCCAUUCGAUCUAUUAGACCAUAUCUUAUUACUCUAAAAUUACCAAAACAUCACUUAAUUACAUAUGCAAACUCUUUUGAACAAUUCACACCAAUUUUAUCAUCUUUGUCUAGAGAAACAUCACCAGAACCUAAUAAACGGCGAAAACUAGAUACAGAUAUAAACAGUUCAGGUGAAUCAUCAAAUCCUAAUUCUAACGAUCCUAAGAAAACAAAAAUUCGAAUCACAAAUAAUUCGCAAAAUCAUAAUUUAAAUGUUUUACCAACGCUAGAUCAAAAAACAGAUACAAGUAAUACCGUGGAUAUAAUUUCUAGUGAUUCACAUUUAGUAACAGAAGAAGAAUUAAGAAAUGCUAUACAUUCUAGAAAAAUGAAUGCAAAAGAACUUCUCAAGUCAUUUAAACCAAAACUAGGAAUGAAUCCAAAAAACAGAGAUCUUAUACUUGAACUUGUAACACGAAUAGCAAAAAUGGAAAAUGGAUAUCUUGUGCUUAAAAAUUAA